AACACGCCGCGUGAAUUCGUAAUUAUAAACUCUGGCACAGCUACUCUGUAGCUCCUUCGACCAACAACACCUCGUGAAAGUCCCUGGUCGCAUGGUUUCCUUUGCUCUACGGAGUACCUUCCUUACUUACGCCAAAACCUUCUUUCUUGCCCCACACCUCAGUUCGAAGCCCCUCGCUCCCUUUGUUCUCCCCCGAUUUGGGCGGUCUCUGGGUUUUUCUUGCCCUGCCUUACAUUCUCCGUACGGUACACUCGAGAUUCCCGAUGUCUUGAUAUACGAACCAUUCCUCCAUCAAAAGCUCUGUUCCCUCGCCGGCCGCCUCUCUUACUUCGCCCCACCCCACCUCAUCUAUUCCGCACAAGAAAGCUGCUAGACAGGCACUGUAUCUCAACAUACCUUAGUUACCUUCGUCCCGAAGACGCAUGCGCCAUCGUUACCUCAUCUAUAUCCUUCCGAGAACCACCCCUCAAGAUCAUCUUUGGAGCCCGGAAAAUGCACAACCGGGGGAGGCCAAUCCCCGCUCUGUCUGACCUUGUCGAGUAUGAUCACACGGUUGCUGGACACGCCGGACCAAUGUGCGAUUCCGACGGAGAACUAUUUAUUAAACCUUGCACACAGACGGAAAUAGACUUCUACGAGGCGGCGAAUGCGAAUUACCCAGAGUUUUCCGACAUUAUGCCCGAAUUCUACGGCAUACUCAGCUUAACCGAUGCAGCGGAGCUCUUGGAGGACCCCGCUGCCAUCGCAGCCGACAUCAACGUUCACAAUCUCGUCGUCCAAGCUGGCCAGGAGAAGACCGACACGCCUACUGCUUCCUCCAGCGCCGUCGCCGAGGCCAAGAAUGACAAAGACAGCAUCGUUUGGAUCCCCAACAAGGCCAAGAAGAUCAAGACAGACCAGUCUGUCGUGCUCCAGAACGCCACGAAGGGCUUCGCCCGCCCCAACAUCCUCGAUACCAAGCUGGGGAGGCGCCUAUGGGCCGACGAUGCCCCGCUACAGAAGAAGCAGCGUUUCGACAAGAUAGCGUCCGAGACCACCCACGCAGCCUUGCACUUCCGCAUCGCGGGCAUGCGCGUCUACCGCGGGUCCACCACCAAGUCGGAGCUGAAUGCGCAGGGCUAUAGGAUUUACGACAAAGACUACGGCCGUUUCACCGUGAACACGGACAACGUCGCCGACGCCUUCCGCACCUUCGUCUUCAACCCGACCGCCGGCAUCGACGCCGACCUCGGUCGCGCCGUGGCCCAGGCCUUCGCCCGAGACCUGCGCCGCGUCGCCGACGUGCUCCGCCGCCACGAAAUCCGCAUGUACUCGGCCAGCCUGCUCUUUAUCUUCGAGGGGGACGGCGACAAGUUGCGGGAGGCCAUCGAGGCCAACAACCGAGCCGUCGAGGCCGUCGCGUCUGCGUCUGCGUCUGCGUCUGCGACCGAGAAAAAAGAGACGGCCAAGCCGGUUCCUACAUCGCUGCGCGUGGAUAGUGGCAUUGCGCUGAUGGCUGAAGACGAAGCCCAUGAUGGUGAUGCCGACGUGGACAACGACGAGGGUUACGAUGACGAUGACGAUGACGAGGACCAGCUCUCCUCCCUGCCUAUGAUAUACAAACUGAAGCUGAUCGACUUUGCCCAUGCGCAGUGGACCCCUGGCUUGGGUCCCGACGAGAACGUCCUCAUUGGUGUCGAAAAGCUGAUUGAGAUUUUUGAGAAACUGGCUGCAUGAACCACAACGGUAGAACAAAAAGGGGCAAAAGAACACAAACCAAAUCUUAACAGCAUCACUGGGAUUAUGACGGAAGAUCAGAAUGGAAAGCGGGCGUUGCCUUUGCCUUGCGAACAUACGGCCGGACCUAUUUGAUCAUGACAGUCCGAGCGUGAUUGGGAGAAGAGGAAGCACCAUAAAGGUUCAUGAAAUAGUUCCCCCCUGGGACAUAGCGAUUGGCUUCAUGAGAAGGGACGCUAGGCCCAAAAUCGAGCUACCUACCUUAUAGCGUACGCUCUGAGAGAUGGGAAAGAAGAUGCAGGUGUCUCCUUUGCAUUGUUUGAUGGCGCUGGGCGUUUGGCUGUCCCGUAAGGUAUUCUGCUACAGGAAUUAUCCCUAUUCAGCGUAAAUGAUUCUAUUGCUUGCCUCCAUGAAUACC